CCUCACCACCUCUGCUGUGGGCAAGAGGGCAGAUAAUCCAGGGCUGCCUCCUUCCAUCUGGGCCAUCUUUUCUGGGACCGUCUAGUGCAGCAGGCCUUCUGAGACCCCUGUGGAGAAGGAGUCUGGCGGGGUGAGGUGGAGGCCAUGGUCCCUUUGCAGAAGGACAUCCAGGAGGAGAGCAUCUGCCCCAUCUGCCAGGAGCAUCCGAAGGAGGCUGUGAGCACCAACUGCAAACACCUCUUCUGUCGUGUGUGCCUGGCCAAUCACGUGAAGGCCUUGGGCUCAGGAAAUGCUCUCCACUGCCCCAUCUGCCGGAAGCCCUGUUCUGAGGAGGUGCUGGGGGCAGGCUAUGUCUGCCAGCUCCACCAGAAGAAGGUGAACUGGUUCUGUGAAGACAGCUGCCUUCUUCUGUGUGUGGAAUGCCUGGCAUCCCCUGAGUGUCACUCUCAUCAAGAGCUGACCAUUGAAAAGGCCAUCAGUCACUACAAGGAACGACUUACUCGCAGGAUCAGGAAGCUCAAAAAGGACCUCAAGGAACUUCAGCAGCUCAAGGCUCAGGAGGAGAAGAAACUGCAGGAUGUACAGGUAGACCUUGGGAGCCACCCAUUGGCAGCUGAGCUGGAGAGCCAGCACCAAGCCUGGGGGCAGUGGGAGGACCUCCCUCAGCAGCCGCUGGGCCUGCUGGAAGACAUCUCCAGGGCGAUAAUGCAGCAUAACCUCCUGAUCACUGACAUGGAGAGGAUGGCCAGGGAUCUGGAUGCCAGCAUGCUGAAGGAUGCCAGUGACUUACUGAACAGGAGUGAUCUACAAAAAUUAAAAAUUACAGGCCAUUCAUCCUGAGUUGGAGAAGAAUUCUACGAAUCACUUUUUCAGCCACCCACAGCAGUUCUGACCUGUUCAUCCCUCAUCUCAGACUGACAUCAGGCCUCCUCUCUCUCCAUCCUCCAACUUGUCCAGACCGCCUUGGGUGUACCCAGUGCAUGUCCGCCUGCCAUCUCCUGAGCAUGUCUGUUUCCCUCACCCUCACAGCUGUGACCUGAUGCCUGAUCCUCUGACACUUGGACAAUGGCCACAGCCUCCUUCCAGAACCAGGCUCAUGUUUGAGGUUCCCUAUGCAGAGGUCAGGAUCCCUGAUCUCCAGGACCACUUGUGAGAUGUCCAUUUGUCUGUGAACUGUUGGUGCACACAUGUCUCACAAUCUCGUAUUAAAAUAGGAGCUCCCAGGUGUAUGGAUGGCACAAACUCAUCAGUGGUGAUGCCAUCUCAGCACAUGAGCCUGGCAUUGCAGAAGGAAUAUUCCUUCUAGCACCUGUCAUCUGUACCACUCAGCUGGCAUUAUUUAUCAUCGUUGUGGUGGAGAGACUCCAGGGUUGCCCGCAUGAGCCUGGCCUCCCAGUAUUUGAGCACUUGAAUAUGCGGGAGGACCUGUGACUUGCUUCUAGCCAAUAGACUAUGCUAAAGGUGAUGGACUGUCAUUCCUUUGCUUAGGUUACAUUAAAAGACAAAGGUGAUGAGCUGUCACUCCAGUGAUUGUGUUGCAUUAUAUGAGACUCUUUCUUGCUGGCAGAGACUUUUCUCUGGCUUAAUGAAGUAACUGACCAUGUGGCAAGGUCCUGCAGGCAGCCUCUAGAAACUGAGAGCAGCCUCCAGCCGACAAGAAACAUGGCCUCAGUCUUGCGGCCAUAAGGACGUGACUUGUGCUAAUUACCUGAGGGAGCACAGAUGCGGCUACUUCCCCAGUUGAGCCUCCAGAUGAGAACUCUGACCAGCCAACAUCUUGUUUGCACCUAAGGAGAGGACUCAGCUACGUCAUGCCCAGACUUCCUCUCCACAGAAACUGCGAGAUAGUAAUGUGCGUUGUUUUAAGCCGCUUAGUUUGAGGUAAUUUUUACACAGCAAUGGAUAAUUAAUACUAUUGUAUUUAAGGUAUUUAUGCAGAUGUCACAUUUCUUUGGAUGAUCAUGGACUGUACCCUAUCUUUGGGCCCCUAAUGUCUAGGA